AGCCUGUCUUUAUAGCAAUCUAAAUUUAGAGCAAAGUAGAGAGCAGCAAAUAUCAGUAGAUCAAAAUGUUCAAAACUUUGUUAAUUUUAUUUUUCGUCUGGAACCCUUGUUCAGUGAUUGGCCUCGAGCCCGUUUGCUCCCGGUUUCAUUACGAAGAACAGACGUUAGAAAAAAUGAUAAGACAGGAGAUAUUAAUAGAGAAAAUAAAAGCUGAAUUGGAUGUUACAAAGCAAGAAGUACUUGACGCUCUAUCAGAGCUGAAGAAUGAGAGGCAAGCCAUAGAGUCUCUAAAAGACAAUAUGGAUAAAUACACAGAAGCUGUGAAAACGCAACAGGAAACAAACAUUAAGGAAUAUAAGGCAGAAAUAGAAAGACUGAAAGGUUCUGCAAUCAAACGUACUGUUGCAUUCAAGGCGCAAGUGGUAUCUGACAAAGCAAUGAGUGACGGCAAAGUUAUAAUAUUCUCCGAAACACUUCUCAGCCAAGGUGAUGCUUACGACAAGGCUUCUGGUAUCUUUGUGGCACCGCUUGAAGGCACAUAUCUUUUCACAACGCAAAUUUGCCUGGGAAUAGGCACUCGUUCAUAUUUCGGUAUCUCUUUGAAUGGAAAUAUCAUUUCAAAAUCUCUGCUUGGAGACAAUGCUUGGGAGAAAUGCUAUACCUUGGACACAGUAGCGACGGUAAAAUCUGGGGACAAAGUUGCUGUUAAAUGUACGGAAUAUUGCGGUGGCGACAGCUUGUGGGAGAACCGCCUGGCUACCAGUAGCUUUUCGGGAAUAUUGAUUCCAUAAAGAUACAACAAAUGUGAUUUAAAAGCAUGAAUAUGUAUUGUGUCCGUGCAAGUGAGCUACUGCACAUUUUUGUAUCCAAGUAAAUUCGUACACGAAUUUAACAUUUUCUGCCAUUUUGUGAGGUUUCGUCAUAUGAAGAAAGAGAAAUAAAACUCAUUAUUCAGAAAUAUUGAAUUGAUGCUGUUUUUGUUGCUGCCGUUUACAUUUAGGCGGAUUUGGAAACUAAAACGCAUUGACAAUUCUCGCAACAAUAAAUGCGUGUGAUGUUUCUAUGCACGAAUAUCGACCAUACACAUUUGUUGUGUGAUGUAACAACUGUAGAUGUCUUCAGAUCUAGUGACCCCGCCAUUCAUGCCAUUAGUACACAAAAAGCUUAAACUCUCCAUAUAUAGAUAGCAAUACAGUGCUUUUCGAGCCGCUUACCUGUUAGCAUUUUUGAUAUGUAUAGUUGAAAUCAAACUGUGACAAAUGCUAUGUCUUCAAUUUUCGCUUGUGACGUUUUGUGAUGGGAAAAUAUAUGAUCGAUUAAUGAAA